AUGCCCGUGGUCCCAUCGGCUUUGGACUUCCAAGAGGCCCGUAUCCCUCAUGAGCCGGCCUACGUGUUGUUUUCUCUUCAGGACGCAGUCAUCGAUCUACCAUCCAGGUUCAGAACCCUGGAGCCCGAUUUCCCUACACGGGCUGAGCGUCCUGUAUCUCUUAGGCUUUUGUUGGGCUAUCAGCAGGCACGAACCAGUGCUGGUUUCCUACCAGACGAGCACCUCUACCACCUGUCUGUCCUCCGGCAAAUGCUAGCUGGGCGAAGAACAUCCAGAGCAGAAGAUGAGGCGCUGUGCAUUAGCACGCUUCUCAAUCUUGCUUCAGAUGUGGCUGACAAGAUCAUCUGUUCAGCUGGGGAGGCGCGCAUGGCUGCAACAUGGGACCACCUGCCCACCAUACCGUUUGGGAUCGUCUUCUCCAAGUCGACGAAGAAACUGAACAUUUAG